UGCGUCGACGGGCCACGGCGCUAGAGCCGUAGAGCCGGCAUUUAUCGGCCGGCAUUCCCUACCUCCGCGCGUUCCUAACACGGAUUCCGCAUAUGUACUCCGCGAGUGUGUUGUGAAUACCACUUGUGACUGUUUUGGAUGUUUGCACCUCCAAAAUGGGGCCGAUUGUGUUGUUAGUUAUGUGCUUCAGCGUCGCUGUUGCUGAUAGAAAAAUGACCGUCGCAGAGAAAUUGCAAGAAGACGCGGAUUUAUCUCAGUUUUUGGCGCUCCUCGAGCGGAAUAUUAUAGCAAAUACAAGUAUCCACUACAGGCAGAUGACACUGUUUGCCCCUACCAACGAAGCUUUCCAACGAUACACCGGUGACAUGGACGACAAUCUAGUUCUCUACCACAUAUCGAAUCUAGCGACAACACUGACGAACCUCGACUAUGCAAUAUCAUCGGAGCUCGACGGGAACCCGCCUUUAUGGGUGACGCGACGACGAGACACCAUGCACGACGACAUAUACGUGAACAACGCUAAAGUAUACGUGUCCCGAUCUUAUCAAGCCUACAAUAGGAACAAUAAACGACAAGUUCUGCAUGUAAUAGAUCAAGUGUUGCAUCCGCUGCAACCUCACGGACCAGGAUCUAUCAGUUCUCCAGUCUACAACCCCAACGCAUAUCAGUUUUUGGAACAUUCUGAUGUGUUCAACAUAGGACAACAUAGACUGAGAUCAUUCAGACAAAAAGUGAAUCAACUGCAAAAAAAUAAAGUGUUUAAUGCAGAUGGAAGACACACCUUUUUCAUUCCAGUUGACGAAGGAUUUAAGCCAACAACUAGGUCGGACUUGAUAGAUGAGAAAGUGGUCGAUGGUCACGUGAUCCCCCACCACGUUCUUUUCACCCACGCGACCCCCGACAGCCAAGAGUUCGAAACCUUGGCCUUUGGAGAUAAUGUCAAGGUCAUCAUUUCCUUUAGCACCACCAUGAAUGGACGGGAAGAGAUAAACUAUGUGAAAUCGAACACGGUGGCUGGAGAUGCCAAGCAUAGUCGCGGAGUGGUUUUAGCGGAUAUUGUGAGAGCAAACAUUCCUGUCAAGAAUGGAGUGGUCCAUCUCAUCCAGAGACCCCUUAUGGUGGUUGACACUACGGUCAUCGAUUUCUUAAAGGGAAUUGAAAAAGAAGACGGCCCGCUUUGCAAGUUCUACGAGGUUAUAAUGGACUUAGGCGCUAACAAUCAGUUUUACACCGAACUUACUUUGGCUAAAGACAUCACUCUGUUUGCUCCGUCAAACGAAGCUUGGGCAGAAUUUAGUGUUCAAAAUAUUAUUAGAAAUCAUCAAAAACUGAUGGAAAUUUUAAAUCUGCACUUAGUUCGAGAACGUUUGCCAAUGGAUGCUAUUAUUCACAACAAUAUGAAUCAGAUCUACCAAGCUCCGACAGCCUUGGCUCGUAAAUAUUUAUACUUCAACGUGCUUACCCACGGCCAGAACCAAACCCUGACUGUCGAAGGUGGUGGAGUCAAUGCCACUGUCACCUUACCUAAUAUCGCAGCCACAAAUGGCUUUGUACAUAUCAUCGACAGAGUUCUUGGAGUUCCGUACACAACUGUCUUCGAGAAAAUAAAGACUGACCCUAUGCUCAACAUCACGUAUAACCUAGGAAAGCGGCAAAUGUUCAACCAUCAACUAAACGACAUGGAGCAUCGGUACACAUAUUUCGUGCCGCGUGAUCACGCGUGGUUGAAAUUCCAAAUCAGGCAUCCUUCGGCCUACAAAGCUCUUUUUAAAGAGGACUUCGGCUACUUCACAAAGCAAAUUUUAGAACGGCACGUGAUCCGCGCGGGACGCUCAUACACGGUAUCUGAUUUAAAACUGCUUGCAAAUGAAACACACGCCUUUCUCCUACCAACCUCACGCGAUCCUCUCCGGCUGCGUGUCAAGGAAUCUGAUAAGAAUUACUACGUGGAAUGGAACGGACAUUGGAUCCACGUGUUCAGACCUGACGUAGAGUGCACCAACGGCAUCAUUCACGUUAUCGACGAGCCUUUUGUCUUGGAGAGCGACAUCCGCGCGACCGGCGCAGCUGACCGCCUCCGCCUAGCCUACACCCUCAUCUCACUCCUUAUCUCGAUCGGAUUCUUGCGAAUUUUAGAUAAUUAAAUCGUCCAAUAUUUAUUUUUUUUUUCGACAGCCAAUUUUAUAAAACAUGAAACAUUUAAAUUAUGUAACUGAUUACGGCUGUCACAUAAUUUAUUUCUUCGACCAUUAUCUUUCCGAUAGGUUCAGAUGUCUGAAUCUUAUACGCUUAAAUCAUUAUUUUAAGGUGUUAUAAUUCUUAAUUUAUUAAAAAAAAAAUUUUGCUUUUGCGACUGAUAUGAUAAUAUCUACAUUUUUAAAAUAGGAUAAUAAAGUACUCUUUAUAUCACGUUGUUCCGAUGACAAAUGUUUUUCGACGUUGUAUGAUGUACUGUAUUUAUAUCCGUUGUAUUUGGUCCGUCGUGCCUUCUUUGGAAAAUUUAUAUAAACUUACGUACCUUUUGAAAGAAGCCCUUAUUUACUUUUACUAUCAUUUUAAUAUCUAAUAAAUUAUCAAAAUACAUUCUUUAUUCUUCUAUACAUUCCAUGUUACAUUUAAAUAUAUUUAACUCAUUAUUUAUUCUUGUUGAAUACUCUAAAAUUAUUUACUAUACAAACGAUUUCAUCUUUUUUAUACAUAUAAUAAAUUCUGUCAUCGACAAUGAGGCUAUAUCGUCGAUGAAUUUGGUAAACAAAUUAUUUAUUGUGUCAAUUGUACAAUUAAUUGCUGGGAUUUUAAAAGUAUUGGAUGAGAGGAAAUUAAUGAUCAGCUGUAACAACUAUUUUUUUUUCCAAACUUUCUACAAUUUAAACUUUUACAAUGUAUCGUUUAACUUAAGUGCAUGUUAGCCAUGUACAAAAUAAUUUUAAUUUGAGAGCAAUCAAUGUAUAUAGGGUGAAUGUGCUUAUAGCUGUAACGGUGCAUUUGUGAUUAUCUUAUGUUUACUAAACAGUUGUAAAUAAUUUGUGUAAGUUACGAUAGUUCAUUAUAAUUAUAUAAUUUUGUAGAUGUUACUUACGCGACUGAAAUAUCAUAAAUGUCUAGGCCAAGCUGUUUGCAAAUAUAUCACGACUGUACAAUUUAAUUGAAACGCUGCUUGGAGUUCGAUUUUUAAAAAUACUACCACGUUAUACCCAUGUACUUACCUAUUUAUAGAAAGUGACUAUACAUUUAUAUCGUAAAUGUUUUAAAUCUUUACGCAGCAUUUCUUAAUCAGGUUGGAAUGCUUAUGUAUAUCCUAUAGUUUAUCAUGUUUGACACAUUUGUAUAUUGGAACGAUAUAUCAGACCUGUCGCUUUAUACAUAUAAAUAUACAAAAAUAUUCUCUUUGUAAGUGUAAACACUAGAUUUUAAGUCAUUAUUGAGCCAAAGCUAAACGCUAAUUCAACUGGUAGCAUAUUUAAUGGAUAAGAUUUUAAUACCGCGAUAGUAUGAAUAUAUAAGAUUGUUUGUAGUAGAUAUGUAUACUUAAAGUCUAUUUGCAUUGAUAUUGUCCUUCAUAUAAUAUAGGAUUUUAAACGGAUGUCUAGUGUUACAUGGGAUAAUCCCAAGACAAUAUAACUUUGACCAAAUAUUGUACCAAAUAUUUGGUUACGUGUAUGAGAUUGGAUUCCAUUUAUUAGUGAAUGUUUAAUGUAUUAAAAAUACCUAUGUCAAAUUAGUAAAAGUUUAUGACGAACGUUUAUGAAAAUGAAUUUAUGUAUAAAAUAUAGAUAUGAAACUUAA